AUGAGAUCACUCUCAAUCAUUAAAGGAGACAUUAAAUUACGAGUUGUCCUCGAACCAACCAUGGAUCACCACAUUCCUACCGUUUUCGGUUGCAACUGCACUGCAGCAUACACAGGAGAAUCCUGUGAAGCAGACAAAGAUGAAUGUGUUACAAAUCCGUGUGGUGAUGCACCUUGUAAUGAUGCUAAAGCACCAGAGAUCGGUUAUACAUGCAACAUUACAUGUGAAGAAGGACAAACUCUUCUCGAUAAUACUUGCUUCAAUACAGAUUUCUGCAAGAACGAAACUUUGAAUCAAUGCAAAGGUAAAUGUACCAGUGUUGGUACAGGAGUAGUAUGUUCGUGUGAUCCAGGAUAUGUACUAAAUGCAACAGAUAGCAUAACAUGUGAUGAUAUUAAUGAAUGUGAUACAAGUGGAAAGUGUACUGCAACCAAUACAAUAUGUAACAACACAAUUGGAAGUUACAGCUGCAUUUGCAAAGAUGGAUAUAAUGGUAAUCCUGCUAUAGGAUGUUCCGACAUUAAUGAGUGUACCACUGGUACUCACACAUGCAACACAACAAAUCAAGACUGUGUCAAUAAUGAGGGAUCUUUCAAGUGCCAAUGCAAAACAAGCUUCACAAAUUCAUCUGGAGAAUGUUUGGAUAAGGACGAGUGCAAUUUGGGACUUCAUGAUUGUAAUUCAGCCACUGAAUUAUGUGAAAACACUUACGGAUCAUUCAGGUGUAAUUGUGCUCCGGGAUAUUCCAAUGACACUGGAACAUGUGCUGACAUCGAUGAAUGUACUCUGGGAACAGACAAUUGUGCAGCGGAUAGUGCUUGUAUCAAUGUUCCUCCUGGCAGCUACCAAUGUUUCUGCAACAAUCAAGGUUAUGUCUACAACACAGUUACUAACAAAUGUGAUGAUGUUGAUGAAUGCUCUUCUAAUGGUGGCAAAGGUCCUUGUAAUACAACUUGUCAGAACAAUAUUGGAAGCUAUGUGUGUACAUGCAACUCUGGCUUUGUUCUCGACUCAGAUGGAAAGUCAUGCGUUGAUUUUGAUGAAUGUAUAAAUCCAGAUAAUUGUCAACAGAACUGCACAAACACAGAUGGUAAUUUCAAUUGUUCAUGUUAUGAUGGAUUCUCUGAGGUAGAUGGGGCAUGCAGUGCUACAGCAUCUUGUAUUGAAGGGAAUACAUUGGAUUGUGUCAACUCAGUCUGCUAUAGAAACAGCUCAGAUCAAGCCAAUUGUGCCUGCAAUUCUGGUUUCCAAGCUGUCAACAUAACACACUGCGAAGACAUACCAGAAUGUACAACGACACAUAAAUGUGGCUCCAAUUCAAUAUGUACUGAACUCGCUGGUUCCUAUAACUGCUCUUGUGAACAAUAUUAUGCAGAUGUAUCAGGAAUAUCAGAUGUAACUGUCACCACCUGCGUCGUUGUUGUAUCACCAAGAUUAAAUGCAAUUGCUGAUGCCAACAUUGGACACAACAGUAUGUACAUGACCUGGACAGAACCACCACGAGCAGAUACCAUAAGAGUAACCAUUUCUAAAAAAGAUGGCUCUGGAACUCCGAUGCUCUAUACCUUCCUCAAAAACAACACAAUGCAAAACUUCACUGGAUUAGAUUUUGAUACUACUUAUACAAUCACAUUCUUGGCUAUUUACAAUGGAGUGGAGAGCGAACCCAAGUCGGCUGAAUUUACAACAAAAACUCUUAUAUUGACACCAACUCUCAACAAUGUCACAUUGUCAGAUGUAACUGUUACAGAUAAUAGCAUUGCAAUUUCUUGGGUUAAACCUACCAUUGGCUACUGUACGGAUAUCAAGAUAUAUUACACCGGCAAUGGAACCACAGGAACUAUGUCCGUAUCUGCAACCCAGUCUUCUACAACAGUAACUCCGUUACUCUCAAUGACCCAAUACUUGAUUGAACUGACAUGCACACACAACACUCAAGAAAGUAAAAAGAGCAAUGGAGUUUAUCAAUGGACAAGACCUAGUCCGCCUACCAAGAUUCGAGAGAGAGCAGUUGCUGACCUACCCUAUGGAUCUGUUGCAAUAGAAUGGGAUGCUCCAUCAACCAUACCUGAUAAUUAUUCGGGAACUGUAAAACCAGAUACUGCAAUCAUAGAAAUCGAUAAUACUGGUAAACCAGAGGCUCUUAUUACUGCAAUUACUCCUGGUGUAAGCACAACAGUUACUAUCUACUCCGUUCAUCAAACUUUGAGAAGUACUGGAAUCAAUAUGACAGUUUCAGUGCCAGUUACUACAGCAACAGUGGCCCCAACUACUGAAAUGACAACAUCUGAAUCACCAACCACGACGACUAUGGCUACGACAACACCAAUAACCACCAUCGCUGAUGCUACCACUGCAGCAGAUACAACAGCAGCUGAAACAACUCAAGUUUUGAGCUUUACUGAAAGUACCGCUGUUAGCGAGAGUACUGUUACUAGCACUGCAGCAGAAACCACUGUAGCCAUCACCACAACCACACUAAGUAGCACUGCAGAGGUUAGAACAACAGUUGCUGUUGUCCAACCAGAAACAACCACUGCAAUUGAAACCACGACAGAACCUAUUGCCACAACAACAAGUACGAUCAAAGCACCUGAUGUAACUAGUGCAUCUAGUAGCACUGUAAUUGCAGAGAUAAUCUCUAGUAGCACCAGUAGCUCGAGCACUGCAGCAACAACUGCAUCAACAACUGCAACAACAACCACUGCUGCAACCUUGCCUACUACCACUGCAUUGACAGAAAGUACCACUACCACCACUACAUUGGCAGAAAGUACCACUUCCACGAUUGUACAAACAACAGCAAAAGCAAGUACUGCUGCUGCUUUACCCACUACUGCUGCAUUGGCAGAAAGUACCACUUCCACGAUUAUACAAACAACAGCAGAAGCAAGUACUGCUGCUGCUUUACCCACUACUGCUGCAUUGGCAGAAAAUACCACAGACACAUCUGCAUCUUUGACAACAACCAAUAUUUUUGUUGAACAAACUAAUGCUACUCCUAUAACAACUAUACCAACUGCAUCAAUUAGCACUAGCACACUUGCAGCAACAACUUUUACCAGCACGGAUAGUCCAACUAGUGCAGGUGAAACGCCUACCUUCCCUACAGUGAGCUGUGGGUUUGAUGAAGUAUCCUAUGAAGGACAAUGCAGAAGAAGACAACGUGUUGGGUUUGGAAUCCGUGUCUUAUCAAUUACCUUCGUAGAAGAAAUGAGAGAUGUCAACAGUGCUGUGUACCAACAAACAGUUGGUCUUGUUUAUCGAUUGAUUUUCGGAUUGUUUGGAGAAUUCAAUGUUGUGGUGUUUAGUGUGAACUUGAGAUUUUCAUCUGGCAGUGUUAUUGCCGAUGGCACAAUUGAUAUACCUCCUAACUCUCCUAAUUCCACAACCUUGAAUGAUAAUGUCAAUGCAGUUAUUGCCAGUGGCACAGCACCAGUUCUCGGAGCUUUUACUGUUGAUUCUUCGGCAGUUUCAGAUUUUAACGAAUGUCAAAAUACGACGCUGUACACAACAUGCCAUGUAAAUUCUGUAUGUUCAAACCAAGAUCCUGGAUAUUCCUGUGAAUGUGAAGCUGGAUUUAGAGACAAGAAUUUAACAGAUCCAGGAACAAGCUGUGAACCACAAUGCCAAUACAACGGAGACGACUACUGCUUGAACGGUGGAACUUGUACUGCUUCAGAUGGAGUUGGUGAUCCUAAAUGCUCAUGUACUACGUUUUAUCAAGGACCAAGAUGUGAACAAACAAAUGGCGGUGCCGUCGCAGGUGUUGUCCAAGGAGUUCUGGGCGGUGUUAUAGCCAUCAUAGUGGUGCUGGUCCUAUACUUGAAGAAAAAACGCCAGGGGAAACAGAGGCUCAGUGGGAACGACGAUUCGAGGAAAAGGUACGACGAGGUUGAUGAAGGCUCAACGAAUGGAUCUUUCCGCUAUAAAGAAAGAACCCUCGAUGACAUGCUGGCGUAAAACUAUUUGGAAACGGAAACGACAACGAUUUAUUUUUAUUUUUACGCUUGUAGUUUGCUAACAAUAGUUCUAGUCUACACUCAUCCUCACUUUAGUCGAUGUUAUCUGAAAUCCCAAUAAGAAAUUUUCAUAAAAUUUGUUUUCAUAAAGAGUGGUUAAUUAAAUUUCCCUGUUCGGUUUCUUCGUUAUUCUACAGUAAAACUUGAAGUGACAUAAAUCUCCUUUUUUUUACAAAUCAGGUGUCUCAUUCGAUUAUUUCUAUUUGAUGAUAUGUUAUGACUAGAACUGUUCUAUCCUUUCUCGUUCUUUCUUCUUUGGUAGUACAAAUGUAACAUAACUAUUACAGUUCAAAAUUAAAUAGCUUGAAUGUGGUUGAUGCGCUUUGUUCACAAGCUUCCAACCACAUUCCAGCAUUGAAAUUAUGAAUGUGGCGAUUGCAAUUUUGACUGAAAUUGGAAAGCGAUUGUGCCGCUGUUAUUAUAGAUUGAGGUUUUUGAAGAGAAGCCGUAUACUCGGUCAAAAUUUAAUAUACUGGAGCGUAAUUUGGAAAUUUCAUACACCAAUUACGAUCCAUUUAUGACCCACAUUUACCGAUUUUGAACUGAAUAAUAGAGUAAUUUGACGUAAAUAUUUUCAACAAUAACUGAAUUUUUGUAGUAUUCAUUUGAAUUGAUUUAAUAAGGGUAUUUGCUGGCAAUUAUUUGACAAAAAUAUUUCUAAAAUUUAACAAAGCUAAGACACAAUUUCAUUGCGUGAUACAUUACCGUAGUCUCUUUCUUUCUCUGUCCUAUCGCAAAUAAAUGAAGCCAAUGCCCCAAGCAUUGUUAGUUCGCAUCAAAA